AUGGCCCAAUCGAACGAAUCCAAUGAGAGACCUACUGGUGCCGAGGCUGCUGUGUUGUUACAGUCUGUCGAAAUGCCCGAGGAUGCCGUCUUGAUUCAAGGUCCUGAUUUCAACAAAAAGUUGUCACUUUCGGAUCUCAUGGCGAGUUACCGUACCAUGGGCUUUCAAGCAAGUGGUCUUGGUGAAGCAAUUGACAUUGUGGAGCAAAUGCGUCGGUGGAGGUUGUCAGAUGAACCGAUUGCCGAGGAUGAACAAGAAGACUACAAGGAUCCCAAAGUGCGUGAACAAACCAAGUGCAAGAUCUUUUUGGGCUACACAUCGAACCUUGUGUCAUCAGGUGUGCGUGAAGUGAUCCGUUUCCUUGUACAGCAUAAGAUGGUGGAUGUGAUUGUGGCGACGGCUGGUGGUAUUGAAGAGGAUUUCAUCAAAUGUUUGGCACCUACGUAUCUCGGCGACUUUAAUCUUCGAGGAAGUGAUUUACGCAAGCAAGGAUUGAAUCGCAUCGGCAACCUCUUGGUACCCAACAACAACUAUUGCAAGUUUGAGGAUUGGAUCACGCCUAUUCUUGACAAGAUGCUCGAAGAACAAAAGACCAAGAAUGUUAUUUGGACGCCUUCUUCCAUGAUUCGUCGUCUCGGUGAGGAAAUCAAUGAUGAAUCGAGUAUUUAUUAUUGGUGUGCCAAGAAUGAUAUCCCUGUGUUUUGCCCUGCUAUUACAGAUGGCUCACUCGGCGACAUGAUUUAUUUCCAUUCUUUCCGCAAUCCCGGUCUCAUUGUCGACAUUGCUGCUGAUAUCCGCAACAUGAAUAGCCAAGCUGUCUUUGCCAAAAAGACUGGUAUGAUUAUCCUCGGUGGUGGUCUCAUCAAGCAUCAUAUUUGCAAUGCCAACCUCAUGCGUAAUGGUGCUGAUUAUGCGGUGUAUAUCAAUACGGCUCAAGAAUUCGAUGGAAGUGAUGCUGGUGCACGCCCGGAUGAAGCUGUAUCGUGGGGUAAAAUCCGUGCCGAUAGCAAGAGUGUCAAGGUCUAUGCUGAAGCAUCUUUGGUGUUCCCUCUUAUUGUAUCAGAGACGUUUGCUAAAGGAUAUCAUCAAGAGAAAGAAUCUUCAUCAUCCUCAUCAUCAUCCUAG